GCGGCCCCGCGCGGCGGCAGGGGGCAGCAGCCUCGCCCCGCGGCGCGGCAGGGGCAGGUGCGGCCGCUUCCGCGUCGCGCCGUGAGGCGGCGACGAGGGCGGGCGGGCGGGCGGCGGGGCCGGCCAGAGCCGCCCCCCCCCCGCCGCCGCCGCCUCUAACUUUGCCUCUUCCUCGCCAGGCGAGGAGCCUCCCUCCGGCAGCCAGAGCGGCCGGCGCCGCGGCUGCGGCAGGGUCGGCGGAGCCGCGGCGGGGCAGGGCCGCCCCGCGGCGCGGAGGCCGGCGCGAUGAAGGGCCGGCGGCGGUGGCGGGGGCAGCACCGCCGCUUGGCCGCCGCGCUGGUGCUGUACACGCUGCUGCUGCUGCUGCUGGUGCCCUACGUGCUGGACUACGGCGCCAGGAGAGGGCGUGCGGACGAGGAGCCGCUGCUGCGCCGCUGCCCCAGCCUGGAGGAGGCGCUGAGCGAGUGGGGCUGGGAGCAGCGGCCGCCGCUGGAGCCGGAGGAGGAGGAGGAGGAGGGCGGCGGCGCGGCGAACGGCAGCGGGGCGGCGGCGAGGAAGCGGCACAUCUACCUGCACGCCACUUGGCGGACGGGCUCGUCCUUCCUGGGGGAGCUGUUCAACCAGCACCCCGACGUCUUCUACCUGUACGAGCCCAUGUGGCACCUGUGGCAGGCGCUGUACCCGGGCGACGCGCUGAGCCUACAGGGCGCCCUGCGCGACAUGGUGCGCGCCCUGUUCCGCUGCGACUUCUCCGUGCUGCGCCUCUACGCCGCGCCGCCCGGCCCCCGCGACCCGCUGGGCGCCGCGCCGCCCGGCGGCGCCGGCAACCUCACCACGGCCGGCAUCUUCGGCUGGCGCACCAACAAGGUGAUCUGCUCGGCGCCGCUGUGCCCGGCGGCGCCGCGGCCGCGCCGCGAGAUCGGCCUCAUCGACGGCGCCGCCUGCGAGGAGCGCUGCCCGCCGCGGGCGCUGCGGGAGCUGGAGGCCGAGUGCCGCAAGUACCCCGUGGUGGUCAUCAAGGACGUGCGGCUGCUGGAGCUGGGCGCGCUGCUGCCGCUGCUGCGGGAGCCCGGCCUCAACCUGCGCGUGAUCCAGCUGUUCCGCGACCCCCGCGCCGUGCACAACUCGCGCCUCAAGGCCAAGCAGGCGCUGCUGCGGGAGAGCAUCCAGGUGCUGCGCAGCCGGCACCGCGCCGAGCCGCGGGCGCCGCCCCGCCAGCCCCUCCUGCCGCCCGCACUGCUGGGCGGCGGCCGCGGGCCGGGCCCGCAGCACCGCGCCGAGUUCUUCCUCAGCGGCGCCCUGGACGUGAUCUGCCAGGCCUGGCUGCGCGACCUGCUGCUGGCCCGCCGCGCCCCGGCCUGGCUCCGCCGCCGCUACACACAGCUGCGCUACGAGGACCUGGUGCAGGAGCCCCGCACCCAGCUGCGCCGCCUGCUGCGCUUCGCCGGGCUGCCGGUGCUGCCCGCCAUGGAGGCCUUCGUGGUGAACAUGACCCGUGGCGCGGCCUACUCCUCCGACCGGCCCUUCCUCAUCUCCGCCCGCGACGCGCGGGAGGCCAUCCACGCCUGGCGGGAGCGGCUCAGCCGCCAGCAGGUGCGCCAGGUGGAGGCGGCCUGCGGCGAGGCCAUGAGCCUCCUCGCCUACCCCCUCAGCGGGGGUGACGGCCGGUAGUGGCGCCGGCGGCCACCGCCUCUGUGCGCCCACUCGCUCACCUGGUCGCCCACCCUCCCACCGCAGGGGAGAAGCUGCCGUGGGCUGAGAGCCGGCUCCGGGGAGGGUGGCCGUGUUCUUCCCACCGCAGCCCCUGGGCCUGCCACGGCGCCCGCCCAGGCACCACGAAAUGGCGGCGGGGUGCUUUGCUGGCAGCGGCUUCGCACCCGCAGUGGCCCCUUUCCGGCAGAGCGGCCUUGUCGCCCGGACCUGAACAUGGUCGUUUCUCGAGGGAUGGCUCAAAAUUCAAAGGGGGAACUGCAAGGAAGCUGCUGCGAGCCUGGCGUCCCACGGACACCGAGCAAGAGGUGAGGCUGGGGGAAAUACCAGGAAAUAACUAGCUUAAAUCUUGGCCCUUCUUCAGUCCUGCAGGGCAGGACCAGAGACUCUGCUUCUGUUGUCCUCAGUUGUAUCAAACCCGCUUCUGAGCGGCCCCAGUGUGGCGCAGUCACUUGCGCUGCGGGACUGGACCAGCAUCUCUCACGGAGUGGGUAACUGUCGAUUGGAAAUCUCGGUUACAGAAAACUAACAUUCUCCUUACCUCCGGGUACAAGUAGCACUGUAAGUUUCAAACCUCCUAAUUCUCGUUCUUUGCUUUUUCCUCCUUCCCCCCAUUUGUCAUGGGCAGUAAGCACUUAAAUACCUGUUUCAUGUCAGAGAGGGAAUAUAUUCACCUUGUGGUGAAACACGUGCUGAAACGUUCUCAGAGACUCCAGGGAUUAUUUUUCUUAAGAGCUCUAGAGACACUGGGGACACUGUCAAAUUCUGAAGUCUAGUUAGUAUGAAACUGUGACUAUAUGCAAAGUGUAAGUAUUCUUAAAAAACUGCAUUAAAAAAAAAUCCCCCAGAGUGUAAGUAAGGAAUUGGAAGAGUUGAAAGAGAUUAAUGUAAGAGGAUAACCUUUUCUAGAGCACUAAAACACAUUCAGUUCUAUCGUAACUUUAUUAAAACACUUGCAAACAGCUUCUGCACAGUCUGUUGCAGAACACAAAUGCAGGCCUUAACUGACAGAUCUCACAUUUACCACAGGAAGAUGUCUUCUGCUUAGAGGGACUCUGCUUCCAUUCUGACUAAUCUAAUAACCUAGUGACUCUGCCGGAGAUAAUCUUUAUCUAUGUGGAUUAUAGAAGAGUACCGCUAAUAUGGGGGGGAGGGAAGGGGAACAGGUCAAGGAGAGGGGAACCAUUUCCAAUUCCAUAUAUCUUUCAGAGUACUGUAGUAAAUGGUUAUAUGAAUGGAGUAAGCAUUUGUCUCCUUAGAUGUUUUGAAGAUGUUUGUUUCAGAAAUACACUUUUCUAAAGAAGUAUUUAAUCCUUUGUAAAGUAGGAUUUUGUAUAUAUUGGUAUAGUUACCUGAUGAUACUCAUUUGGGAUACAUGCAACGUAUUUCUUGUGGACACCCAUAAAAAUGACUGUAACUGGAAAGUGAACACAUUAUUUUUUUUUCCAAUGUUGUUUUCUCAACUAAAUGAGAAAAUCACUUUUCUUUCCUAACUUCCCGACUGAUACAUUGUGCUGUGCACAGGAUUCUCUUGGUCACAUCCCUUCUGAACAAUAACAUCCUCUCAGCUGGUAACUUGUGCACAUGAACAAAAGCAAAUGUUUCCUAACAAGGCUAGGAUAAAUUAAUCUUGGCAAAUAAAAGUUCCCUAAUAAAAGUGCAUAUUAAAAAAAAAUGUUUCCAUUUGGAUUUUAAAAUGGCUUUUUUUCUGCAGACUCCCAGGAACCUGUAUGAGAAGGCUGUGUAUGUAUGUGCAAGUAUCUUUUUUUCUUAAUUUGGGGAGAGGAGGUAUAACUGUAAUUCAAGGACACAGUAUUUUAACUUCUUCCAGACUGCUUUUGAAUAUGUUAGAGUCUGACAGCGUUUGAACAGCACUACAAGAGUAUACAAGGUUAUAGGGGUGUUUAUAUGCAAUCCUCAAAUAUAAACUGAGAACAUGAAUUUCAAAUCGAGGAUAAUCCAGGAUCAAGAAUAAAGCUAUAUUUAUAUAAAGUGCUGGAAAUAAAGACAGUUCAAAGAAGUUUUUAUGCUAUUAUUUUUGAAGAAACAUUUGAAUUAUAUUGUAGGUUUUGAUGCUUUGUAUAUUGAGCUGGAAGAAAAGUCAGUGAGUUAGGAUAUACCUCAAUUUAUUUUAGUUCUUCCACUUCUUUGUCCCGUCCAACCAAGAGUACACUAGCACUCGAAACAGGCUUCUGUCAUUAUCCAAGGAAAAACAUAGUCAUAAAAAUGUUUUUGAGCACAUCUUUAAUUUCUUGGUAGCAUGUUCUAUACAAUUCUGCAUCUUCAGGUUUCCGAAUGAAGUGAAAAGUACAGGGGCUCAUUUCGUAAUAAUAAAACCUCUUGUAUUAUCUAAGGGAUAUUUCUGUAUUAGGCACUCUGUGAGAGCAGCAUUUGUCUCUGGAUGUUCUAGUGUUAUUUAAUGAUGGUAUUUGUUUAGAUGAACAGUAUCUGUAUCAAUACCUUGAUAACCUGUGCCAGAUGGUCUGAUUCGGAAAACUUUUCUGGAAAUACACCCAACCUGGCCUGAACUGAGAGGCUUGGGAAGAAAAUAAGAUUUUUAUUGCAUACUGAAAGAUGAUGCAGUACUUCUUUUCUUGUGUCAGGUGGGAGACUAAAAGCCAGUAUAUCUUGCUGAUAUUUUUUUAACAAGUUGCAAUUACAGAUUUGUAAGCUGCAAUAGUUAGGCAUUCACUUUACUUUGACAGAGCACCUUGUCUUGCUAGUUCAGGUUGCAAAUAUCUUUCACAAAAAGUUGUUGGAAAUACACACUUAGUUUCACUUAUGCCGGUUUAUUAUGGUAAAGAAAGAAGUGUUGUCAUUUAACUUGAUGCUUAUAGCUGAGAAAACCCUACUAAUUGUAAACUAUUUAGUAUUUUCUGAAACAGUUUCCAUGUUUUACAUAGAGGCUUUCUCUUCUUUGGUCUUAAUUAUCAAGAUGUAUUUUUCUCAGCUGAAGUUAUUCACUAACACAAUUGAUCUUUAUUGGCAAUUAAAUCUUUUUUUUUCUUGCCCCAAGCUGUUCUUCUAAGAUCUGUGCAGUUGUUACAGCUUUUAUAUACUGUGAAAAGGGCUGUUUUGCAAAGUGUACAAAAACACAAGUGCAAUUUAUGUUCCCUAUUCAGGGCAUUUGAAGCUUAUUAAAAGAGUCUUUAAAACAAUCAAAAGGGAGUAUACAAAACUGAAAAAGUAAGAACAUGUGUAGAGUGUGUAGGAUUGGACCACUGUUGUUUUAAUGACUGGCUUGUGCGCUUCAGCCACUGGAUGACUUCCUAAAAAGUCCCCAUCUCAGGAGGGCAACUGAGGCUGGCGAACAAAUGCAUUUCACUUUCCUCUUCAAGAGGUAUUGCGUUUGAAAGCAUCAUCUUUCAGAAUAUUUGCAGUGUAUCCUGAUUGGCCUAGUAACUUAUAUCUAAAAGGGAAGAAAAAAAAACAAAAAAACCCAAACCUGUAAUGUCGAAUGACAGUAUUGAUACUCAUCUGAAAAGACAGAGGUGUGUGAAUUGCGAUGAGCACAGUGGAGUUUCAUUGGAAGAGAUCUUUUGAGCUAAGCAGAACCUGCUGAAUGCUAGAUGCGAAAAAUAUAUGGUUAAACUACAUUUUGAGAGCAGUUGGGCAUUUAUGGAUGGGUCAGUAGCUUUCUUUUUCUUUCUUUCUUUCUUUCUUUCUUUUUUUUUUUACUGUUACUAGACUCAAUCAAUUACUUCAGUUUUGAAGUAAAGUCCCAGUUCUAGUGAAUGAUGUAGUGAAACCAAAUGUAUCUUGUUCUUCUAGAAUAAGGGGUGGCAUGAUGAGCAAGGCAACAAUGAACACAUUUUAUAGCUGAGCUGAACUUGGUGGGCUUAGAGUUAUCAUUUGGUGGGUGCUGGGCCACAGAGUUUUAGUAGUUUAGGCUGAGAUUUGGAAAAAAUAUACCUGUGUUACAUUAUAUGUAAUGAAUUAAUAACUUUAAUAUAUUAAAAAAUCCUAAUGUGAAAUGGGAACAAAACCUGCAAAUGCUUACAAGACUUACUCCUAUCAUCUGUUUUAACUUAAUUUUUGAUCCUCAUGCAUUUGCUUUAAGGGAGUUAGAAACUUUAGUACUAUAACUGUAAGUAAAAUGCUGUGUUCCAAAUGCGAUAUUUCCAAGCUGGAAUUGCUAAGUGCUGUCUCACAAUUGUUAUGUCUGUAUUUAAAUUGUUGGUUUUUGGAAAUAACUUUAAUGGCAUACCUGCGAGAAAUGCUGAAAGUCCAAAGUGUGUGUGUGGGGGGGGAAAUACUUGGCCCUGUAUUACUUGCUUUGGUACUUACUAGAAUGUUACUGAUGGAAUCCUUGUAGAUAUUCAUGGUAUAUAUUCAUAUACUGCAGAUGCAAUAGAAGUGGUUCUGUUGUUUGGAGGUGUUUACUUAUUUUUUUUUCCCUGACAGUGCAAAGCUGCCCCAGUUGCAGUAUCUUUUGAGAAGUAUUGAAACGGUAGUGAAGUUACUUAUCUAACAACUUUCAUAUUACCCUGGUCAUUUUUAACCUUCUGCUGCUCAGUCUAUCAGUAUACACAGAAAAGUUGAGUUGUUGCAUUAAGUUCUCUUCAGGCAUCAAUAUCACAACUUACAGUUUACCCAAUUAUAAAAAUCAGUGCAAAAUUUCUGGGUUUAUUAUGGCAAUGCAGCUAAAUGAAAUUUCAGUGGAGAACUGUGCUAUUGCAAGGCUAUCAGAGCCAGUAAGCCUGAUAACACAUUGUUCUUUUCUUGAACAUGAAGAAUUGCUGGUCAAGCUCUGUGAUGGUAUUUGGAAUACAGGGACAGUAAGUAUGGUACAUGUUAUUUCAGAAGUCAUUUCGCAGAAUAGAAUCACACUGCAAUCCAUUCAGCACUGUGGACUAUACCCCUACUGCUGUAGAGAAAAAGAUAGGAAGAAUAAUACUGUCAGAGCAAAGUUUGCAGUAGUAGAAAUUUUCAAGGCUGUACUGGUUGUGUGUGUGUGUGUGUGUACGCAUGUGUGUGUGUGGGGGGGAAUGGACAGACUCUAGACUGAUGUUCUCUUGACUGUGAUUUAAGUAGAUUGGAUUUAAAAUCCAGAGUUCUUGACGUGAUGGUUUUCCAUGACUGAGGGACUUGCUGCUUGUUGUUGAGGCAUACCUCUGGCAGACUUGGCUCCAGAGCAACCAGCUGGAGGCUGAUUAACUUUUUAGUACCUACAGUCUGUCUAGGUCUAUAGUGCCAGGAAACUCUAGCUGCCAACACUGAUGUGUUAAGCUCUGUUACUGACCUAUAUCAUCUACAGCACCAUUUCUUGGUGUUGAUAAAUGGGAAUCAGGUCUUUCUCUAGUGCUCCCAAAUUUGUGACCCUGUUUCUUAUUGUCUAAUUUUGCCAAACCUUAACUGCAUUUAGGUUGAAACUUUUCUUGUUGGGUGUCUGCUUAAGGUUCAAUUCUGUUUCAGAAACUUCAGUCAAAAGAAUAAAUGUUCUUUGGAAACUAAGGUUAGGAUGUGGUGGUUUUUGCCUAUGUUCAAAAUACUCUUGGAGAUGUUUCUAUUAAAUUGUCAUUUCAGCACUUUAGGACAGGAACUCCAAUUUGGGUAGGGAAAAUGACCUCUGUGUAAAGGAUGUGUGUGUUUUGUUUUCACUGUUGCCAUCUACUCUAAUUUGGCUGAAUACGUUAACGUUUGAAAAAAAAAUAGUUAGUAUGUGCUCAGCAAAAGUGGCUUUGGUAUGUGUGUCUGUCUGGAUUUUUUACCAAAUAAAAUCUGUGUUGGUUUUAUCUUCA